AAACUACAUUCGCUUAGUAAUAAUUUAUCAAACGACAAGCCUGUUUUAGGGCUCAGCCCAAGACCAGAGUACUGUUGUUACUGGGCCGGGGGUAGAUGGCAAACCCGUAAUUACAAGCAAAAGGCCAGGGCAGAAAAAGAGGCGAGGAAAGCACACACAGGCUCAGCACAGCACAGCCUCUGCCACUCACCCCAAUCCACCGGAUCCCCACCCCCACCUCGCUACCCCGCCCGAUGAAGGCGUCGAUCAAGUUCCGCGACGACGAGCGGCCGCUGGUGCGCGCCAAGGUGCCGAUCGUCGUGCUGGGGCUGCCGUUCCAGUCGGGGCUCGCGGCGGGAAGGGACCUGCGGGAGCUCCGCUUCGACGUGUCCACGGCGUUCGCAUCGGGCCCGGCGCUCCGGCUCUCGUACCGCCCCAACGACCCGGCGCUCCCCUUCGCGCUCGCCGUGCGCGCGGGGCUCGGCCCGCUGGGGUCCCCGGCACGCGCGCCUUUCGCGCUCGCCGCCGAGUUCAACCUCGUCGCCCACGACCCCUCCUCGUCGCCCGCCUUCUUCCUCCGCCUCAAGCCGCGGCUCGGCGACUUCUCGCUCUCUCACACGCUGCGCUCCCCCGCGGCGGCGCCAGCGCCACGGAAGGCCGGGGAGCCGGGCUCCGACGGCCGGCGGGAGGUGAAGCCUCUGGACUACAUGCCGCCGUUCACGUUCACCGGGAGCGGGCUCGCUGCCGACGUGGCGGCGGCGGGGACCGGCAGCGGGGUCGGCGCGCUGCUGUCCGGCAUGCGGCUGACGACCAGGAGCGUGCUCCCGCUGUGGGGCCGGGCGAGCCUGCGGUUCAACUGGGGCCUGCGCGUGCCGCCGGAGCUGCUCGCCGCCGACGGCAAGGGCGCGCGCGCGCCCGUCAGCAAGAUGCCGCUGCUGGUCAUGAGCAAGGUCUGCAUCGAGCAGUCCCCGCGCUCCGUCACGGGCACCAAGGCCGGCGGCCGAGCACCUGGACCCGCCCUGGCCUCCACGGACGCGGCGUCGGACGGCGACGCGGCGUUCUCGCUGGUGAGGCGGCAGCUGGAGUCGCUGAGCGUGGACAACAUGCUGCUCCGGCGCGCCGUGGAGGACCUCCGCGCGGAGGUCCGCAGCAGCAACAGCAGGGCCGCGCCGCCCGCUGCUUCUGCUGCGGGGGCCCGUGGCUUGGGCAGGGUGGCGGCGACCGCGCCACAAAUGCAGGCGCAGACGCAGACGCAGCCUUACCACGUGACGAAGCCGGACCACCGCGCCCGGGGCGCCGCGAGGGAGGCUGCGGCCACGCCGGACGACGUCAGCGAGGAGCUGAAGAAGGCGUUGGAGGCCCGCCUGCGCUGAGCAGUCAGCCUUGGCUGCCAGGCUGCGUCGCGUGCGAGCCCGGCAGCUCACCGGCACCGCUCGAGUGAAGGUGAAGUGCUAGUGUCGCUGUUAGGCGUUGUAAUCUGUUGGUGUCAGCAGCAAUUUGGAGCUGCUGAUUUCUCCCUGUUGCUUGCUUAGGUCGUAAGUGUUGUGAAUGAUCGCUGGGAAGAAGGGGAUCGGACUUGUCUUGCCAUUCCAUUCUGUGCUGGAUGAGGGACUUGAUCAACUAAGAAGCGCAAAAUAACCAACUUUAUUAAAGCUAA